ACUAGUGUAAUGGUAGGAUGUCCUCUUCAAGUGCAAGAGUUCAUAGAUUCGAUCCUUCAUCGCGUCAUACCAAAGUCUUGAAAAUAAUACCAAAAGUUCCCUUGCUUGAUGCUAGGCAUUAGUAGGGAGACUGGCUUCUAUUGCCUCAGACAUUCUAAAGGAAUUAUGUGUCGAGAGUGAUAAAUAUAUGCUGAAGAACUUGUUUUAAACUUGACCUAAACAAAUAAGUAUAAAGUAAGUAUGUAUAUUUCAGACAUCCAAAAUCCUUAAUGGACUCCAUCAUUCUCGGGAUUAGUCAGAGUAUUUCACUUGUUGUUCAAGUAGUUGCUUACGUCAUGACGUUUAUCAUCAUUCUGGAGUUUGUAAACAACACAUUAAUAUGGUUUGGUGAUAGGAUAGGAGUUGAAAACAUGACAAUAGAGUUCCUGUUUUCCUAUGUGUUCUACCCGUUUGCAUUUAUAAUGGGAGCAAGACCUGAAGAUUGUUUGUUCAUCGGAGAACUUCUUGGGAUACGGAUCUUUAGUCUUGCAAUCGUAGCAUAUCCAAAGUUAGGCCCUAUUAUACAGAAUGGCAUGGCAUACCGCUCCCACAUUGCCGAAAGUGUGAACAAUACAUGGACUGCAGUUGGUAAUAAUAUCUUGUUGGACAACCUCAACCAGACAUUAGUAGGCGGAGUGAUUGACCAAAGAUCGGAAAUAAUUGCUACAUACGCACUAUGCGGCUCAGCCUCAUUUGCAGUCAUGGGUUUAAUCAUCGGUUCUUUUGAAGUGAUCGUUCCACACAGAAUAGGGGAGAUAACUGAACAUAUAUUUAGAGCAAUGAUUGCAGGAACUGUAGCGAGUUAUCUUACAGCAUGUUUUGCAGGACUACUUUACGAAGAAGAAGUGGGUACAUACUAAUGUAAAGGUUAAUGUAUAUAUUGAAUAAACAAAUAUACAGUCUGUAAAACGUGUAGACAUUAUUCAUGCAUUGAAGAGUAGUGUAAAUGGUAAGACAGCUGCAUUUUAUGGUUUUCUGUACACUUGCUGACUAUAGUGAUUGAUACUUAUAAUGGUUUGAUAUUGUUUUUUUAAAUUUUGAUAUUGUGAUAUUCAUUAGGAAGCAUGCUAUCUUAAAACAUGAUUUUUAUUGAUUGGUGACGACUAACAAUUGUUUUAAAAAUGGUUUAAUAUGGAAGGUGUUCUUUGAACAAUAUCUGUAACAUAAUCUAAUAGACUGAGUGUUAAAUGUGUGAGAAA